CCGGGGGCAGCAGGGCGCGCCGGCGGGGGCCGCGGCCGCUGAGGCAGCAGGUUUUCAUUCCCUACCCACCUUUGGAAGGAGCUCACUAUGACAGGGCAGAGUCUGAGGACUUUAUCUGAAGCAAAUUUUGAAGACAAUGAGAUCAGCAUCAACGUUGGAGGCUUUAAGAAAAAGAUGAGAUCCAACACAUUAUUAAGGUUCCCUGAGACCAGGCUGGGCAAAUUGCUGAGCUGCAAUUCAAAGGAGUCAAUACUGGAGCUUUGUGAUGACUAUGAUGACACCAAGAAUGAAUUUUAUUUUGACAGGAAUCCCGAGCUCUUUCCUUACGUGCUACAUUUUUAUAACACUGGCAAGCUCCAUGUGAUGGGUGAACUCUGUGUCUUUUCUUUCAGCCAGGAGAUUGAAUACUGGGGAAUCAAUGAAUUCUUUAUAGACUCCUGCUGCAGUUAUAGCUACCAUGGGAGGAAGAUGGAGCCAGACCAAGAGAAAUGGGAGGAACAAAGUGACCAGGAAAGUACGACAUCUUCUUUUGAUGAGAUUUUGGCAUUCUACAAUGAUGCCUCUAAAUUUGACAAACAGCCCUUUGGAAACAUCAGGAGGCAGCUCUGGCUUGCUUUGGAUAAUCCUGGGUACUCGGUUUUAAGCCGUAUCUUCAGUGUCCUUUCCAUAGUGGUGGUGUUGGGCUCCAUUGUGACCAUGUGCCUGAACAGCCUCCCAGACUUCCAGAUUGUUGACAGCAACGGGAACACCGAGGAAGACCCUCGCUUUGAAAUCGUGGAACAUUUUGGUAUUGCAUGGUUCACUUUUGAACUGGUGGCAAGAUUUGCAGUAGCUCCUGACUUUUUAAAAUUUUUCAAGCAUGCCCUGAAUUUGAUUGACCUAAUGUCUAUCCUUCCAUUUUAUAUUACAUUAAUUGUCAACUUGGUGGUGGAAAGUACUCCGACUUUAGCAAAUUUAGGCAGAGUUGCACAAGUCCUGAGACUCAUGAGGAUUUUCCGCAUAUUAAAGCUUGCUAGACACUCCACAGGUCUUAGGUCUCUUGGAGCCACUCUAAAGUACAGCUACAGAGAGGUGGGGCUUCUUUUACUCUACCUCUCUGUUGGCAUCUCUAUUUUCUCAGUAGUGGCUUACACUAUUGAGAAAGAAGACAAUGAGGGGUUAGCCACCAUCCCUGCUUGUUGGUGGUGGGCUACCGUUAGCAUGACCACAGUUGGCUACGGGGACGUGGUGCCAGGGAGCACUGCCGGCAAGCUGACGGCAUCUGCAUGCAUCCUAGCUGGUAUCCUAGUGGUAGUGCUUCCCAUUACACUGAUCUUUAAUAAAUUCUCCCACUUCUAUAGGCGUCAGAAGCAGUUAGAGAGUGCCAUGAGAAGCUGUGAUUUUGGUGAUGGCAUGAAAGAAGUUCCAUCUGUCAAUUUAAGGGACUACUAUGCUUAUAAAGUUAAAUCCCUUAUGGCCAGUCUGACCAAUAUGAGCAGGAGUACCCCCAGUGAGUUGAGCCUGAAUGAUUCACUGCAUUAGUGUAGAAGUCUGACAGCAGUUUGCAUGAGAGCUAUCAAGAGCUAUGUUUAUAAAUGUUUUCCUAUUUGUCUUUUUUUUUCUAUAAGAUAGUGUUGCUGACACUGCACUUUGCACUUGAGAAACUAAAGACAUUUCUAUUACAAGUUAACAGUUUGCACAUUUUCAUCCUGUUGCAUAAGGGUACUAAGUGCUGACUUUUCCAUACAAAUGUUACCACUUUCAUGCCAUUACUACUAGUGGUAUAGUGAUGAUCUGUUGCUUUGUGCAUUUUCUCAUUUGAGCAGAGGAAUGAAUGUACCCAAGUGGAAUAAAAAUUCUCAGCUGUGACAUGAGUAAUGAAAAAA